UUUCAUUUGGGCACGAGGGGACCAAAUAUUGGCCCCAUACUCCCAUGGCCACCUUAAGGUAUGUUGUCCCGUAAUAACAAUGACGGGGUUAGAAUGUUGCAAUUAUAGGAAGCAAAUAUAUAUAUCUGUUAAAUCCCAACCUCUUACCCUCUGAGUGGCGGCAACUUGCAAUUCUUGAACCGCCUCUGUUCAUUCUGUACUUUUAUAUAUAAUCUCCAUUUCUGUCUCUUUUACUACUCCUCUAAAAUACUACCAAGUAACAAGAAACAAAAAUAGUACUAGUUUUUUCUAGCUUUGGCACUACCUAUAAUCUUUUCAUUUCUUUUCUUUAUUAUUAUUGUUUGGGGGGUAAGAGAAAAUUAUGGGGAACGGGGAAAACAGUGAGCUUCUGGAUUUGAAGAUGAAGACUAGUACUGAGUCUUCCUACCCUUAUAAAAGCAGCUUGUUCAUCUCCCCUUCUUCUCACAGUGGAGAUGAUGGAGGAAGUGGCUGCGGUGGGCCAGGAGAUUUUGUAGGGAGCGAUAUCUACGAUGUUGUGAGCUCAGACGCUGCACUUUCAUCAAGGCCUUUGCAACAACCUUUCAACUAUACUGCUAGAGGAAGCAUGGGCCUCUUUGGGAAAGUACCUUUUACAGCUUCCCAGCUGCAGGAGUUUCAAAGACAGUCCGUAAUAUGCAAGUACAUAAUGGCCUCCAUGCCUGUUCCUCCUCAGCUACUCCUUCCCUUGCCUAAUCAUCCAUCUCCAGCUCACCUUCCUCAAUCUAACACAUCGGGUUUGGAUUUGAAGUUCUCAAGUGGGUCGGAUCCAGAGCCAUGGAGGUGUAAGAGAACAGACGGGAAGAAAUGGAGGUGCUCAAGGGAUGUAGCUCCAGAUCAGAAGUAUUGUGAGCGACAUGCCCACAAAAGCAAACCCCGUUCAAGAAAGCAUGUGGAAAUUCACAAUUCCAAUUCCAAUUCCAAUUCCAAUCGACACCCUCCAGCUCCCAAAUCUAACAACAAGCAUCACUCUCUUCAGUUUCCGUCUGACCAAACCAGGUGUAUUGAGUGGUUAGAGAGAGGAGACAGAAGUGGAACCAUCCCUGUCGUUACUAGUAACCACCAAAACUUGCAGCAACUCAUGCAGUCAUCUUCUGGAGUGGGAUUCAACAAUGACAACACUGACCAGAACAGAAGAAUUACACCUGCAUUUCAAGUGCAAGACGAGGCGAAAGUAUAUCCACUGAACUUUAAUCAGUACAUGUCUAAUACUGGCCAGGCAUUGGGAAGUCAAUUAAAGAACGAACAGUGUAACGACUCCGUAAUUUCCUCCUUUCAGGGCAGAGGAACAACUAGGGACCUCAUCGAUGCUUGCUCAAAAGACGGACUUAGUGAUGGUAUUAGCAACAAUGGCUCAUUUACAUCACUUACACUUUCGAUGUCUGGUUGGAAUCGUGGAAUGGAUGAUGAUAACGAACACGCGCAAGUUACCAUUGGCGAUGAGGUUUUGAGGUCCCAAUGGCUUAACCCUGUUUCUUGGAUGAGUUCAACAGCACCAGGAGGGCCUUUGGGCGAAGCAUUGUGUCUUGGAAAUGCCACUAAUUUACCAUCACCUCAUGGAUAUAGCAAUAGCACUGUUACCAGCAGCUGCAGCUUCGGUUCCUGCGAGAAUGGUAGCCACGGAUUCGACUUCAUCGGGUGAUCAUGCAAUCUUGGAAGCUUGCAAAAUGUUUAAAGCAUGCGACGUCCGUCUUGAUUCUCUGAGUAAAAGAAUUUGGAAAAAACCUAUCUUUUUGUUCAAUUUCAGUUUUUAAGUUUCUCUCACUCGGUAUGCACUCCUGUUCGUUAGCUACUAUUGAUGCUUCUCCAUAUAUAUACAAUCUCAGUGAUUAUAAAUUGCGGCAA